AUGGGUUCUGAGGCGCAAACUACGAAGAUGGAGGGUAGUAACGUAGUAGAGAAGCCGAACAAGAGAGUCAAGCUGCGUGGAAGGGCUUUCUAUGAGAGCAUAGGGAGCCCUAAGCUUGUGCUUGCGCCCAUGGUGGAGCAGUCCGAGUUCGCCUGGCGCAUGCUGUCCCGCUCCUUCCUCCUCGCCUCCGAGCAGUCCAACCUUCUCGCCUACACGCCAAUGUUCCACUCCAAAAUGUUCCUCGAAGGCCCCAAGUACCGCGACUCGCAUUUCCAACCGCUCAAGUCGGCCAUACCCUCCCCUCCCGACACAUACCACAUUUCGCAGCUGCCGGAAUCAGAGCGCCAUCUUGACGGAAACCCCGCGUUCGACCGCCCACUCACGGUGCAGUUCUGCUCCAACGACCCCAACGACCUACUUAAUGCCGCGAAACAUGUGGCCCCGUUCUGCGAUGCGGUGGACCUGAACCUGGGGUGUCCGCAGGGCAUCGCGAGAAGGGGGAACUACGGAGCGUUCUUGCAGGAAAGCCCAGAACUGAUUGCGAAGAUGAUAAAAAGAUUGGACGAGGAGCUGGACGUGCCUGUUACGGCAAAGUUUAGGAUACUAGAGACGAAGGAGAAGACUCUGGAAUACGCAAAGAUGAUACUGGAGGCCGGCGCGACCAUACUCACCGUACAUGGCAGGCGGCGCGAACAAAAGGGGCACAAUACGGGACUCGCAGAUUGGAAAAUUAUUCGCUAUUUGAGGGAGCAUCUGCCGAAAGAAACAGUCAUAUUCGCAAAUGGCAACAUUCUCCAGCAUGAGGACAUUGCGAAGUGUCUAGAAGCAACGGGCGCUGAUGGCGUUAUGGCGGCUGAAGGGAACCUGUACGACCCAACUAUCUUCGCCAAACCGCCUCCAGUGGGUGAAGAAGGUCGCGAAUACUGGCGCGGAAAAGAUGGGAAGGGUGGAUACAGAGUUGAUGCUGUAUUCCGGCGAUAUUUGGACAUAAUCCACAAGUAUGCGCUCGGACAGGAACCGCCCGUGCGAAAGCCGCUUUUCCAUCCCGAUGACCCUGAGGAGCCACCAUCGCCGCCACAGGAAGAAGAUGAAGGACCGCCGCGCAAGAAGCAGAAACAGAAUAACAAGGAGAAAGGCCAGCUGAAAAACCCAAACCUCACAGCUAUGCAAGCACAUUUGUUCCAUCUCCUGCGGCCACUCGUAUCGCAGCAUCACAACGUGAGGGACGCAUUAGCGAAGUGCCGAAUGGGCGACAUCGAUGCUUACGAGAACGUGCUGAAGGUUACGGAGAAAGUUGUAAAGGAAGGCAUUAAGGCGUACGAGCGGGAACACGCCGAUACCGAAACUGCCCACGGCGCGAGCGCUACUAACUCUAAGUCUGCGCCGGAAAUCGCACAAGACGAGACCAAACAAGUAGAUUUGGACCCAUACGCAUCCUCACUCGCCACCGUUGCGAGAUGCAAACGUCCUUUCUGGGUGUGCCAGCCCUACGUCCGCCCGCUCCCAAAAGAAGCUAUCGAGAAGGGCUCAAUGCAGCUCAGUAAGAAGGAAAAGAAGAGACUGGAACAGCAAGAGGCGGACGCUAAGGCUGUUUGGCUACAACCUGAGGGUCGGACUGAGAAGGAGAUUCUGAAAACGGGAAUGUGCGAUGAACAAUCUGCUGAUAAUACGGUGACGGCGGAGAACAAGCAGAACGAGGAGGUUGAGGUACCGAAGGAGGGGCUGGCCAUUAGCUUGAUUCGCACCUCGACAAUCGCUCAAAUCAAGAUUACGUACCGUAAGCUUGCGCUACUAUACCAUGCAGACAUAAAGGGUCUCGGAAACGUCAAAGGUAAUGCGGACUUCGAGCGGAUCAAUGCGGGAUAUGUCUUGCUUUGCGAUACACAUGAGUGUGCGAAGUACGACGCGGAGUAUUCUACUUGGUUUGUUUGUGAAGAAGAUACGAACGAGACGCAAGAAGGGAAGCAUGAGUCAGCAAAACGGGAUGACGAAGAGGAUUACUACGAUGCGGCAGUGAAGCAGCUGCGGGAUCAACAUAUGGUGUUCCUUGCCCGCGUAGAUCAGAUGUGGUGGAAGCGCGAAGAGCAUGCUUGGUCCAUGGAAAAUAUUGGCACAACCAUCAAUUGUUAG